AUGGAAGAUUCCAAAUCUGCUGAUAUUGUUUUUUUGGUUGCUAGCAGUAGCCUAUCUUCUGACCAUGUCAAAAUGUUUAUUAGUGAAGCAAUCCAUAGUUUGCCACUAGAUUCCAAUGAGUUUCGCAUAGCACUUGUUCAGUAUAAUGAUCAGCUGCAUAAUGAAUUCCAACUGGAAACCUAUAAAGGAAAGAUUCUAGUACUGAACCAUAUCAAAAACAAAAUUGUGCUCAGAAGUGGCCCCAUUAAAACUGGCAAUGCUCUCCGCAAGAUUCAGGAAACCCAAUUUUGGAAACCAACAAUUGGAAAAGGCAGGGCAAAGAUUUUGAUAGUAAUGACACCUCAUCCAUCUGAAGAUGAUGUAGAAGAAGCUGCCCAAAUGUUGCAGAAGAAUGGAGUGAAGGUCAUUGCACUGGGAAUGCAGGAUGCCUCUUAUGAUGAACUAAUUCUGAUGGCCACUAAACCAUUUUAUUUCUUUUUUCCAAGAACAGAAGAACUCACUUUGUUUACUCAGAACAUUUCCAGGAUCAUUACUGAUGCUGUUGACAUAGGAAAUAAUACCCCAGAUCUAUCACAAACUACUAAUGUGAACAGUGUGAAUAAUGGAACAAUAUUAGAAGCUUGUGAAGGUGAUGCAGUUGCUGAUGUGGUAUUCAUAGUGGAUGCAGGUUCUUCAUCAACCAAAUUUGAGAAGAUCCAACUUUUUCUAAAAGACCUGGUGUCUUCCCUGGAUGUGAAGGAGAAAUGCAUGAGGGUCGGCUUGGUGACAUACAGCGAUAAGCCCCAGGUGGUAUUUUUACUGAGAAUGGCAACUGAUAGGACUCAUGUCUUGCAGUACAUACAAAACCUUUCUCCAAGGUCGGGAAAGGCCAACACUGGUUCCGCUCUUCGUUUCACAAGGGAGAAAGUCUUUACAGUAAGUGGAGGAAGCAGGAAGACUCAGGGGGUGGAGCAAGUUGCCAUUGUGUUCACUCACAGGUCUUCAGAAGAUGGUGUCAGCGAUGCUGCAACUGUUCUCAGGAGGGCUGGUGUAACUCUGUUUGCCAUUGGCGUUGAAGGGGCCAAUGUCACCCAGUUAGUCCAGAUAGCUGCUUACCCACCACGACGCUAUGUUACUAAUUUAAACAUAUUUUCCCAUUUGCCACAUCAAGCCCUGGUUUUCCAUAAGAAGAUUAUGAAUCAAAUUCACCAAAAGCUCUAUAUGGACACCCAAAGAACAGAACUUCUCAAAAGAGGAUGUGUGGAUACUGAAGAAGCUGACAUUUAUUUUCUCAUCGAUGGUUCAUCAAGCCUGGAUUAUUUUGACUUUGCGGAUCUGAAACGUUUUUUAAAAGAUGUGGUGAAAUUAUUUGCCAUAGGACCAAAUAAGGUUCGUUUUGGCGUUGUGCAGUAUGGCCAAACCAAUGAGCUGGAAUUUGGACUUGAGGAGUACGGUAAGAAAGGUGAUAUAUUGAAAGCUAUUGAUAAUAUCCGCCAACUGGGUGGGAGCCCUCACACAGGAGCAGCUCUGGCAUUCAUCCAGUCCUUGCUGAGAAGGUCCCAGGAGCAGCAUCUCAGGAGCGUGCCCUGCCAUCUUAUAGUGCUAACGGACCAGGGUUCAGAGGACCAUGUGGAGGCGCCUGUCAAGUGGCUGAAGAAUGAGAUGGUCAAUAUGUAUGCCGUUGGUGUUAGACAUGCUAACGAGUCGCAGAUUUAUGAGAUUGCCACGUCUAAGGAUCAAGCCUAUUUUGUGAGUGAUUUUGCCUCCUUGAAAUAUAUCAAGAAUGAAGUUGUUCAAGGCAUCUGUGCUGCAGAAGCCUGCAAGGAAAAGAAAGCUGAUAUUCUCUUUCUGGUGGAAAGCUCUCAUAACAUAGGUCCUGAGAACUUUGUGAAAAUGAAGAACUUCAUGAGCGAACUGGUGAUCAAAUCUGACAUUGGUCCUGACCAUGUGCAGGUUGGUGUUGUCCAGUUCAGUCACAGAAAUAAAGAAGAAUUCCAGCUCAACCAGUACUCAACAAAAAGUGACAUCAUUGAUGCUAUUGGGAGAAUGUCUCUUAUGGGACAGAACACCCUCACUGGAGCAGCUCUGCAGUCUGUGUCAGGGUACUUCAAGCUUGCCAAGGGGGCACGGCCUUAUGUCAAGAAAGUUCUUAUUCUCAUCACCGAUGGGAAAGCACAGGAUGAGGUGAAAAAAUCUGCAAAAGCUUUACGAGAUGAAAGUGUCAUUAUCUAUUCAGUGGGCAUGUUUAACGCAAAUAAAACACAGCUGGCGGAGAUAAGUGGGAAGCCUGAGAUGGUGUUUUAUGUGGAGGAUUUUGAUGUUCUGAAGUACUUAGAAAGUCAGAUUCUCUUUGGAAUAUGUAGCCCUUAUGAUGAGUGCAGGAGGAUAGAACGUCUUGAUAUUGUUUUCGUCAUUGAUGGUUCUGGAAGUAUAGAUCCCAAAGAAUAUGACAUUAUGAAAGACUUCAUGAUUGCCUUGGUAAAAAAAUCUGACGUUAGCCGUGACCGAGUUCAGUUUGGAGCUGUCAAAUACUCUGCAGAGCCAGAGACCUUCUUCUAUCUCAACGACUACAGCACAAAAUCAGCAAUCAUUAAGGCUAUCAAGAAUGAUAAGCCUAUCGGGCAGACAACCUAUACCGCGAAGGCAUUGCGACACUCAGAGCGUCUUUUCACCGAGGCUCAUGGCAGCCGCAAACGCAGCAGCGUCCCCCAAGUUCUUAUAGUGAUAACUGAUGGGGACUCCCAUGAUACAGCAGAACUUGAUGAAGUGUCCCGGAGACUCAGAGCCCAUGGCAUUGUUAUCUAUGCUAUAGGAAUUGAAAGAGCAAAGCCAGAUGAGCUCUUGACCAUGGCAGGAUCAGAAGAUAAAUAUUUCUAUGUAAAUACAUUUGAAGGGCUAAAACAUCUCUAUCGCAAUGUAUCUGACAGAGUAUGCAGUGUCUCAAAACCAGAAUGUGGAAUUCCAGCAGAUCUGGUAUUCCUGAUUGAUGGGUCUAACAGUAUAAGUGACAGUGACUUCACAAAGAUGAAGAAUUUUUUGCAAGAAGUAGUGCGCCCAUUUGACACUGGCCACAAUGUACAAGUCGGUAUUGCUCAGUACAGUGACAGGUACCGGGAAGAAUUCAGCCUGAAUAUUUUCCCACGCAAAUCAGAACUUGAAACUCAAAUUGGACACAUUAGACAGAUGGAAGGACUUCAGACAUUCAUUGGUGCAGCUAUUGAGAGAGUGAAGCAUUACUUUACACCAGAAGGUGGCAGCAGAAUCAAUGAAAACAUCCAACAGAUUUUGCUGGUGAUCACAGAUGGCAGAUCACACGAUAAAGUUGCUAAAGCAGCAGAAGAUCUGAGAAAGAGAGGUGUUGACAUGUAUGCCGUAGGAGUAGGGAGAAUUGACCAUUUGCAGCUUAGUCAGAUAGCUGGCUCCUCAGACAGGAAAUACACAGUUGAUAAUUUCAGCGAACUGAAGGUAAUUAAAAAAAGACUAGUUGAUGAUAUUUGUGAGGAAGAAGAUAAAACAACAUGCUUCAUAGAUGUUGUUGUGGGACUAGAUGUCUCCUCACAAAGACAAGGUGACCACAUAUUCCACGGGCAGUCCCAACUGGAAACAUACCUUCCUCAAAUUAUGCAUGCCCUCACUUCGUUAACUAACGUGAGUUGUAAUGUGGGAUCACAGUCACAAACCAGUGUGGCACUGAAAGUGAGAAACAUGGAUCCACCAGUGACACCAAAGUUCCAGAUUGACAGUGAAAAGCUUUUGAACAGUCUUGUGGGCACCACCAUCCAGCAUGCAUCUCAUCUGAAUGUAGACUUCUUGGAUUCCCUUUGGGAAACAUUCCAAAUCAAAUCUGCAAAUCGAAGAAAGGUGGUACUGAUAUUUUCGGAUGGCUUAGAUGACAGCAUAGAAGCCCUGGAACAUAAGUCAGAAGAACUCAGGAAAAAAGGAUUGGAUGCACUGAUUACUGUCGCUCUGCAAGGCGCUUCAAAUGUGAAUGACCUUCAGUAUAUUGAAUUUGGGAAAGGAUAUGAAUACAGGACACAGCUGAAUAUUGGAAUGAGAAAUAUUGCCAGCCAACUGCUCAAGUAUGUGACCAACACUGCUGAACGAACAUGUUGCUGUGUGUUUUGCAAAUGCAUUGGUGAAGAUGGAAAACCUGGAGGCCAAGGAAGACAUGGGAAGCAGGGUCUUCAAGGUGUUAGAGGAAGCCCAGGACAUUUAGGAGACGAAGGGGAACCUGGUCCAAGGGGGAUGCCAGGACCAAAUGGUGAUAGAGGCUAUGCAGGUUGCCAAGGCGACAGAGGACCAAAGGGCCAGAGAGGAAUGACCGGUGCAAAGGGAAACAAUGGGGAUAAAGGAAUUGAUGGCGUUAAUGGAGAGCCCGGCUCUUCUGGGCUUCCAGGAAUUAAAGGAGAAAAUGGUGAUCCAGGCAAUCAGGGCAGCCCAGGACCAAGGGGAUUCCGUGGUGAACGUGGUGAGAAAGGUUUGCAAGGAGAACCUGGUAAUCCUGGAUCAGGUAGUAGCAUAGCAGGACCCAAAGGUAUAAGAGGGGAAAGAGGAAAAGAGGGAUUCAAAGGUCAUAGAGGCCAUCAAGGUCCCCCGGGAAAAAGAGGACCCCCAGGUCCCAGUGGUGUUCCAGGACAUCAAGGAUUUAAAGGUCCACAGGGUGAAAGAGGAAUUCGUGGAGUGAAAGGAAUAAGAGGAUAUCAAGGAAGUGGGGGCUUUCCUGGUUCUCUGGGAGUUGCAGGUCCAGCAGGCAUUCCUGGGAAAUGGGGAUCCAAAGGGAAUAAAGGAGAGCCUGGAGACCCUGGGAUAAAAGGGAAGAGAGGACCACCUGGACACCGGGGAAUGAGGGGAGAUGAUGGUGCUAUUGGUUAUGGUGCACCAGGAAAUGGAGGACGAAAGGGGCAAAAAGGAUUUUCUGGACCUAUGGGAAACAAGGGUGCUGGAGGAGCUACUGGACAGAAGGGAAUACAAGGGGACUAUGGUCCUCCAGGACAUCGGGGUAUUAAAGGAGCAAAGGGUGUGCCUUCCUUUUCAUCAUGUGAGCUCAUUGCUUAUAUUCAGGCACACAGCUCUUGUUACACAGGAGCACCAGAAUGUCCAAUGUAUCCUACAGAACUUGUAUUUGCCUUGGAUGUAUCCCAAGCUACCACACCCCAGGCAUUUGAACGAAUGAAAGAGAUCGUCAUAGCCAUUGUGAACAAUACUAAAAUCAGAGAGAGCAAUUGCCCAGUGGGAGCCAGAGUGGCUGUGGUGUCCUACAGCUCUGAUACGCACUAUCUGAUCCGCUUCUCAGAUUUCCAGAGCAAAAAACGGUUGAUCCAGGAGCUCAAUGCUCUUUCCUAUCAGAGAUCAGCAAGCAAAGGAGACCUUGGUGGGUCUAUGAGGUUUGUUGGCAGGAACGUCUUCAAGAGAACUGUCCAAGGUGCUAAUGUGAGAAAGGUUGCUGUGUUUUUCAGCAGUGCCCCAUCUGACAAUGUAAGAGUUAUUGACACGGCAUUCCUGGAGUUCAGCGCAUUUGACAUUGUUCCUGCAAUCAUUGCUUUUCAUGAUAUCUCUGAGGUCAACCAUGGUUUUCUGAUGGAUGUUUCUGGACAGUUUCAAGUCAUAGUCGAUCCUAGUGAAGAAGAUUAUGCACCAUUUUCAAGCAGACUGUAUCUCUGCACCAUUUGUUACGAUAAAUGCAAGCCGCAUGCUUCUUGUGGACGUAGCCGGGAACCUCGCUCACCACGGCAUUACAUGGAUGCUGCUUUCCUUUUGGAUAGCUCAAAGAAAACAAAUCCCAGGGAAUUUGAGAAGCUGAAAAACUUUUUAAGCAGUGCACUUGACCAUUUCGAUGUGUCUUCUGCACCUUCCACAUCCUCAGCAGGGGACCGGGUGGCUGUGGUGAGUCAUGCUCCGUCCUCAUUCAGACCUCAAAUGCAGACCACUCCAGUAAAGAAAGAAUUUGACUUGCUGACUUAUGGUAGGACACAGCUGAUGAAAAAGCAUAUCCAAGAAUCUCUUCACCAGCUGGGUGGAGUAGCGGCUGUUGGCCAUGCCCUCCAGUGGACAAUUAACAACAUUUUUGCACCAGUGCCCCACCUGAGAAAACACAAGGUGAUUGUUGUUAUAUCUGCCGGGGAAACAAACCCAUGGGAUCAGGCAGUCCUGAAGAAAGUGUCUCUGAGAGCCAAGUGCCAAGGAUUUACCCUGCUGGUUCUUUCUUUGGGCUCUAUGUACAAUAGCACAGAACUUGAAGAGAUGGCAAGUUCACCCUUGGAGCAGCAUUUGAUUCAGCUUGGCAGAAUUCACGAGCCAGAAAUGAACUAUGCACUUCAGUUCCUGAAAUCAUUUUUGCAGCUUGUUCGGACUGAGGUAAACAGCUACCCUCCAGCUGAACUCAGAACAAAAUGUAGCAAGAUCAGCGCUCAAAAAUCAAGAUAUACUUCAAGGAGUCUUAGUCUCAUAUGAUUGGAAGAAGAUGUGCAAAUCCUGGUUCAGGAGGAAAAAUAAAGCCUUUCUUGUUGCUCAGAAGGAAUUAAUAUUGAUCUAAAAAAUUAAGACUGUAUAUUUCCAGUUGCAUUCAUUCACGCAGGACUCUUUCACAUUUUCAGUAUUCAUUGAGAAAUAAACUA